AUGGCUGGGGACAUGGUGGUCGGGAUGCUGUACAACUUAUUACUGCCACUCACGCUACUCGCUGCGGCCGUUUUCCGAUACAAUGGACUGUCGGUGGUCUACUUCCUGUUUCUACUCACCUUGCCGCUGAUGCCAAACCCAAGUUUGCUCACACUGAAAGCUAACACGGGGCAGUUCCUGCGAAGGAUCAUCUACGCUAGUUUGAUGUUCCUGACCCUGCAAUGCUUCAUGCAGAUCCCUUUUGCCUACAUCACCCCACAGGUUAGUGGCUACUGGGAGGAUUUCCUCUACCAUGUGGGCAUUGUGAGAUUCAGUUCUGUCGAUCCAGGGAACAUUGUGCGUCUCCUGGCACCCGACCUUGGCCUUCUCGUCUCCACUCUCUUCAUACAAAGACUUUGCAAAAAGCUACUACGAGCUGCGCCUCAGGUCAACCUUCAUGAAAAUGGGAUCCCACCCUCUGACUCUGAGGACCCGGAGACCUCCGACACAGAGUCCGAUGGAGGCAGCGAAAGCUCCGACAGCUCGGACGAGAGUACCGUGCCGGUUGAGUCCGUUCCACCUCAAUUUGUUCAGAAGCUGCUGAUCUUUGCUGCUGGCUUUAGGCUGCUGUUGUCUGCUAUCAUGAACACUGCAGGAAAAGUGGUUGUCACUUUGCUACUGGGACUGGCAGGUAUCACUCUUCCGUCCCUCACCUCUGGUGUAUAUUUUGGGACGUUCCUCGGACUCGUGUGGUGGUGGGUGAUUGGCCGAUCCAUCAGUCUGCUUCUCUUCAGCUCCCUAUGUGUGAUGAUGACCAUUUUCAGUGGAGGGCACCUUCUCGCGCUCUAUGUUUACCAGCUGCCCCUGUCCCAGCAGUUGGUGCCGCCUGAGGAUAUCUAUGCAAGGAUGUUUGGGAUGACAGGGGUGAUUCGAACCAACAGUUCUGACCCGUAUAUGCUCGGUCUGCAGCCCAACGUUAGCUGGCCUGACUUCAUCAACCCUUUUGUUCUGCUGCUGCUGUACUACACUCUGGUUACGCUGCUGCACAAAUGGGUCCAUAUCACAGAGGAGGUUGGUCGACAUUUUUUGGGUAAUGCUGAUGGUGAUGAGAGUCUACUCUACUCUUCAGAUGCUCCGCCAAGCUUUUCCAGAGUUGUGUACAUCUCAGGAGAUAAGCAUGAUCUUUUGAGCAGCACAGAUGAGGAAACAUAUCUACCUAAUGAGCCAAUGAUCUUAAUGAAGGAAAAUACAUGGCAAGAUGUCUACGGAGAGGACCAAGGAAGCCUGCUGGGGGGUGCCGGUUAUACCAACUGUUACCCUCUCCCACACUAUGAAGGCAUCAAUUCGCCAACGCACGAGAGCCAAGGUGAAAUGGAGAGGACUGGGCGGUCCUUGGCAAGUCUGACAGAGACAUCUCCUCCUGAGGCAGGCCCGAGUGGUCUGGUCAUCUUAGGUAGACUGGUCCAAAAACACAGCUACGUCAGCGCCCUCAUCAUCAUGAUGGUGUGGAGUAUCACCUACACCAACUGGCUGACCUUUGCUCUGCUGGUUUGGUCCUGUAUCAUCUGGAUGAUGCGAGACCGACGGCGGUAUGCCAUGAUGUCCGCCCCGUUCCUGGCCGUGUACGGCACCGUCCUCGUGGUUCUGGGCUUUGUCAGCGGGUUGCGCCUGAGUCGAGCUGAACUGUACCCCGGUCUUCCACCGGCUGUCAUAGAAGACUUUGACCUGAACAGUUAUCACCCUGCACCCUGCAUCCACUUGGCACCGAAGGUUUUCUACAGCUUCAGCUUCUGGUUGAUGUUUCGUCAGCAGCUGAAGGAAAGACAGGAGCAAAGGCUGAAGGCCAGAUCGCUCGAUGAAAUCGAAACUAUUCAGCCAGAGGAAAACCAGCCGUCACCUGUUGCAGCCAUGCUGAUCUCAGGAGUGAAAGGGUUUCUGGUCAAAUACUGGAUCCUCUUCUGCUGUUCCAUGUUCUUUGUGGUCAGCUUCUCUGGAACGGUGGUUGUCUACAAGAUUCUAUACAUUGUUCUCUUCCUAUCCUUCGUCGUCCUGUACCAGGUUCGUUUUGACCUGUGGCGUCGAUUCCUGAAGAUGUUCUGGGCGGUGGUGGUCGGCUACUCCAUGCUGGUGUUGAUCGCAGUCUACAUGUACCAGUUCCGAAGUGUGUCCGCACUUUUCCGACAGAUCAUGGGCAUGUCCGAGGAUGGUCUUCGAGAUCUGGGUUUGGAACGCUAUGACACCGUGGAGCUUUUUGCCCGUAUUCUCCUACCUGCGGCCUUCCUAUUGGCUUGUAUUCUCCAGCUGCAUUACUUCAACUCCGACUUCCUGACACUCAGUGACAUCGACAAUGUUCCCGUCAGGCAAGUUCCCAGAGAAGAACAACUCAGAAGUUCAGUCGACAUGAUUUCUGACAUUAUUAAAGAAAACAUCGAAAAACUGCGGAAAAGACUUGUAAAGGAGAACAUAAGCAGUGGGAAAAGUCAGGAGACUUUGGACAUCAUGGAACUGCAGAUGAGCUCAGAAAGAGUUGACGAGGAGGGCCAGGAGGAGACGAAGGGAGAAGGUUUGGAAUCUGACCAAGCCAGCAGUUAUGAGGACAAGUGGGUUGUGAUUGUGGACCGGGCCAGCCUGCUGCUCAUUCAGGCUCUUUUAGGCCUCCAGAAAUUUCAGGAGCUCACCUGGAGACUAAUGGAGCUCCAUGGCUUCAAAAUAGUGUCAUCUGGCAUCAUCUGGGUGUCCUUGAAAGAGGUUUCUCUCACGAACUUGCUCUUCCUGGUGCUAUGGGUCUUUGCGAUCCCGUUUCAACGGUUACGGCCGACGGCAUCCAGCGUGUCCGCCGUGUGGGCCUGCGUCAUGGUGGUGUGCAAGAUGUUUUAUCAGUUGAAGGUCAUCAAACCCCUCGAUUACUCCUCUAAUUGCACAGCAAAUAUGGUCUCGUCCAACUCCUCCAGCCUGGAUGUAGAAAUGAAGGGAAACAUGCUGGAGCUGCUGAAGAGGUCCAUCCUCUACAAGGAGCCCGUAGAUCCCAUCUACUGGUGUGGCGCCUUGCUCAAGUGUGAAGGAAGAAUCCUUCCCUGCCUCAGGAAUCAUCUUAUGGUGUUGGGUCUGCUGGUGUUCGAAGCGACUGUCCAUCGACACCAGCGCUAUUUCCGUCUCCAUAACAACCUCAAACCGCCACCCUUCAGUAUCCUCUUCCACGGGAUCACCAGGCAGCACCUGGAUCACGGCAUCCGGCCCUGCAUGAAGUACUUUGUCAACUUUUUCUUCUACAAAUUUGGCCUUGAGAUGAGUUUGAUUGUGGCAGUUAAUGUGAUUGGUCAGCGGAUGGAUUUCUACGCCUUGCUGCACUCCUGCGCUUUGAUGGCGGUCGUGUCACGGCGCCGCAGGAAGGCAAUCGGGGAGGUGUGGCCUAAAUAUUGCUGUUUCACCGCUGGACUCAUUGUACUGCAGUACUUACUCUGCAUCGGCAUCCCUCCUGCUCUGUGUGUUGAUUACCCCUGGCGGACUGCACUUCAACCUCUGACCUCCAAUGUCAUCAAAUGGUUUUAUAUGCCUGAUUUCGCCAUGAGUCCCAAUCCCUUAUUCAUAUUCUAUGACCACCUCUUGCUGCUGUGCUCCUCCUUGCAGUGGCAGGUGUUUGAGGAGGAGAACCGGGCAGCAGUGCGACUGCUCGCUGGAGACAACGUGGAAAUCAGCCGCAGUCUCGACCCCAGCUCCUGCAACCAGUUCAUACCUGUGGACAACUUCCUUCACUGCAGGUCUUACCUUGACAUGGUGAAGGUGUUUGUGUUCAGCUACUUUUUUUGGCUGGUGCUUUGCCUCAUCUUCAUCACGGGCACCACUCGCAUCAACAUCUUCUGUAUGGGCUACUUGGUGGCCUGCUUCUACUUCAUGUUGUUCGGAAGCAGUGUGCUGAUGCAGCCCGUCAAAUACAUCCUUCGCUUCUGGGACUGGCUCAUUGGCUACACCUGCUUUGUGAUCGCCAUGAAGAACCUUCUCUCUCUGGGUUCCUGUGCCUACUUGGGUAGCCUGUUGAAGAACGGCUGCUGGUUAAUUCAGGCCUUUAGCAUGUUCUGCACCAUCAAAGGCUACGAUGUCCCUGAACCAGAUGACGAGUGUGAGCUGCCUGAGGGUGAGGCCGGCAUCGUGUGGGAUGCAAUCUGUUUCACUGUCCUUUUAGCACAGAGGAGGGUCUUCCUGAGCUACUACUUCCUCUACGUGGUGGCUGACCUCAAGUCUGCCAAGAUAUUGGCCUCCAGGGGCGCUGAGCUGUUUGAGGCCAAGGUCAAAAAGCAAGUUGCAGCCCGGCUGGAGCUGGAGGAGAAGUCUGUGGAGACACUGAAGAAACAGAUGGAGAAGAUUAAAUCCAAACAACGGAAUCGGCCAACACCAGCAGACAAAGAAGGACCUCCGGUUGAGCAGAAGCCAGAGAAACUUGAUGAAGAAGAGAAAGCAAAGAGGGAUGCCGGAAAAUGGUGGAAGCCUUGGGUCUCACGGCCUGGAGUGGAAAACAACUGUGGCUACCACCUGUUUGAGAGCGACAGUGAGGAGGAGGAAGAGGAGGCUCCCGAGAAGAAGGAGGAACCCCCAAAGAAGAAAUCUGCUUUUCAGCUGGCUUACAACGCCUGGGUCACCAGCUCCAAAACAGCUUUGAAGGACCUGAGCAGAGAGAAGAGGCGAAUGAAGAAAGAAGAGAAGAAGAGAGCAAAGAGAGAGCUUCAGGCGCAGCAGAGUGUUGAUCGAGUCGACUCAAGUGAGGAUGAACUUGACGAAAGCACAGUGAGGGAGGAAGGUGAAGAGGAUAAAGAGAACAUUUUACAGCGUCUCAUCAGCACUUUGAAAUUUGGCAUAGCCUUCCUGCAAUCGCUUCUUGAUGACCUGACUCAGGGUCUAAAUUCAUUCUGCAAAGAUAACCUGGAUAUUUCCAAAGUGCUGCUCUUUGAGAGAGCAUUACUCAGCCAGCAGCAGAAGAAGGGCAAAGAGGUGAGCCAGCAGAGCGUGAAGCAAUAUUAUGAGAGCUGGUUGUCCCGUCAAAAUACGUUAUCCUCACAUGAAGACCCAGAAGAAUGUGUGCCUCCUCCCUCACCACCAGCGGCUGUGCCCACCUCCCGCCACGCCUACGUCAAGCUCAAGAGCCAGGCCUCCAAGAUGUCCUGGGCGAGCAGCGUCUCAAGCUGUAUGACCGAGGACACCAUGCUGGGCUCCCGGCAGCCAACUCAGGAGGAACUCGAUGAACCUCCAGUGGCAGCGGCUCCCGGCCAUCUCAGAAAAAGACUCCUGAAAUCUGCCAAUGUUGAUUGGACCUCUUACGAAGCUGAGGAGCUCUCACAGAGCGAUGAGGCAAACCCCGUUGAAAAAGAAUCGAAUGUAGAAGAAGAUGAAGAAGAGAAGUGGUGCGAACAAGAAGAGUCUGACGAAAUGGAGCGACAACAAGAUGAGGAGGUGGAGCUGAAUGAUGAAUCCCAGGAAAUUGAGGAAUAUGAUCACCCAGAGUACCCAGAAGCCACUUCCCUUGGCUUCCGGGAGGAAAUCAGCGAAAUAAAUAUGGAUGGCAUUGACUCUCCGACACCAUUAAGUCAGGAAAAAAGGAACCUCACUGCCAGCGAGCUGCUGCUCAACAAAAUGUUUGACAAUGACGAAAUCUCAGAGUCGGACAAGUUUUUCCUGACGCUUCCGAGGCCGCUGAAGCUGAUCUUUGCCCUCUACAACACCAUGGUGUCCAAGUCGGAGAUGCUGUGCUACUUUGUCAUCAUCCUCAACCACAUUGUAUCGGCGUCGCUCCUCUCCCUCAUCCUGCCCAUCCUCAUCUUUAUGUGGGCCAUGCUGUCUGUGCCGCGGCCAACCAAACGCUUCUGGAUGACUGCAAUCAUCUACACUGAGUUGAACGUGGUGGCAAAGUAUUUCUUCCAGUUCGGUUUCUUCCCCUGGACCACCUCUGCCUACCGAGGCAUCAAUGCUGAACGUCCCUUUGCCCUGCCCAACAUCAUCGGGGUGGAGAAGAAGGAUGGCUACGUCCUCUUUGACCUCAUUCAACUGCUUGCUCUCUUCUUCCACCGCUCUAUUCUCAAGUGCCACGGACUGUGGGACAACAAGGAAGUGGAGAUGCCUGAUUUCUUCAAGAAGUUAAAGAAGAAGGUGGACAAGAAGAAAAUUACUGGAGGCGAAAAGGAGAAACAAGCACGCCGACUCAAGUUCCUCCCGCUCCAGUCAUCCACCACCUCCAUCUUCCGGAAGCUGAAAAGAGGAAACUCGGCAGAAUUUGACGGCAAGCCCAAGAGGGUGAACAGCAAGAAGAGACAACGUCGACAAAAGGCACCUCUGACCCGGAGACAGAGGAUCCGGCAGCUGAUCAGAGAGAGGAUGCUCCAGGUUAAAACCACCGUCAUCGAAGUGGCCCUUCACAUCUACUUACCCAUAAGGCAGUUUUUCUAUGACAUCAUCCAUCCAGACUACAGCCCGGUAUGUGACGUUUACGCCCUCAUGUUUCUCAUCGACGUUGUCAACUUCAUCGUGACCAUCUAUGGAUACUGGGCCUUUGGGAAAUACUCUGCGGCAGCCGACAUCACCGAGUCCUUGUCUGAGGACCAGGUCCCCGAAGCCUUCCUGGUCAUGUUGCUCAUCCAGUUCGGUACAAUGAUAGUGGACCGGGCCCUCUACCUGAAGAAGUCUCUGCUGGGGAAGUGUGUUUUCCAAGUGGUGUUGGUGUUCGGCAUCCACUUCUGGAUGUUCUUUAUCCUACCAGGAGUCACUGAGAGGAGGUUCAACCGUAACCCCGUGGCCCAGCUGUGGUACUUUGUUAAGUGUAUUUACUUUGGCCUAUCUGCGUACCAGAUCAAGUGUGGCUACCCAAAUCGCAUUCUGGGGAACUUCCUCACCAAGAACUUCAACUACCUCAAUCUCUUCCUCUUUCAAGGGUUUCGUUUGGUCCCAUUCCUGACAGAGUUAAGGGCCGUGAUGGACUGGGUCUGGACCGAUACCACACUGUCCUUGUCCAGUUGGAUCUGUCUGGAAGACAUCUAUGCCAAUAUAUUCAUCCUCAAGUGUUGGAGGGAGUCUGAUAAAAAAUUCCCCCACCUGCCAGGACAGAAGAAGAAGAAGGUGGUGAAAUAUGGCAUGGGAGGACUCCUCAUCUUUGCUCUCAUUGGCAUCAUCUGGUUCCCGCUGCUCUUCAUGUCUCUCGUCCAAUCAGCAGCCGGUGUGACAAAUCAGCCCGUUGAUGUCUCCAUAGAGCUCAGCAUUGCUGGAUAUGAGCCUCUGUUCACCAUGAGCGCCCAGGAGCAGAACUUGGUUUCAUACUCAGAAGCGGCAUUCAACCGAAUCACCAAAAUUUAUGCAACUUACCCAUCUGCUAUGCAGUUCAUAAUGAACUAUGAGGCUGAAGACAUUAUUAUUGCAAAAAUCAAGAGUGAUGCCAGCCUACUUUGGAGCAUCAGCCCAGCAAGUCGCGAGGCCAUGAUUGAGGAACUCACCAACUCUCCUCAUUUUUAUAUGACACUACGCUGGACACUGCUCAGAGAUGCCGCCAUAUCAAUGAAUGCAAAGACAGUGGGGGAAAACACUGUGAAAUUUGAGGAUGAGGCCUUGAAGGAAGGAAUAGUCCACAUGCUCAAAGGCGACAGCAGCAAACAAGUGAUCAUUGACUCUCUGCUGCCCAAGUUCCUCAGGGGUCCCAAAGGAACAGAGUCCAAAAUGGCAAGCAGGAUGAACGUAGGUCAUACUGAUCGUCCAGAACUGCUGGGUUUCUUCAGACCUUUGUUACUCAAACUUCGAAAGGUCAACAGCACUUUGCUGCGGGAGGCAGACCAAUGGUGGAUGGUACAGGAGUGCACCCCGACACUUGUCUCAUCUGACCACAAGUGUGACAGCAUUGAAAUCGUGGUCUUCAGCGACAAAGUCAGCCCAUCCAGUCUGGGCUUUUUGGCUGGACACGGCAUUGUGGGCCUCUACAUGUCAGUGGUGUUGGUCAUCGGCAAGUUCGUGAGGGAGUUCUUCAACGGCAUCUCGCGCUCCAUCAUGUUUGAGGAGCUACCGUGCGUGGACCGCGUCCUCAAACUGUGCACAGACAUUUUUGUGGUGCGCGAGACUGGAGAGAUGGAGCUGGAAGAGACGCUCUUCGAGAAGCUCAUCUUCCUCUACAGAUCCCCCGAGACCAUGAUCAAGAUGACCAGAGAGAAGGACAGCUAGACUGGGAAUGUUCUAU